AUCCACUUCUCCCCAUCUGUGUGGCCCUCUCUCUCUCUCUCUCUCUCUCUUUCUUUUGUGGUCGACGACGGAUAAAGCCUCGCGGAGGAACCGUCCUCACGGGGACAAGAAUACUCUCUCUCUGUCUUCUCUAUGACUGUGUGUCUGUGGAAGAUUUAGGUUUUUCUGGUUAAUGGGGGAGCCGAAGAACAGGUGGAGCUGGGAGGUGCCGGGGUUCGAGCCCAGGAAGUCGUUCGAGUUCGGGGAUGAGCAGAGGGAUCGACCACCUGCGCCUCCCGCGCGCCGAUACUCGCUCUCGGCGACCACCCUCCCUCGCGCUGACGUCGCUCCCCGGCGCGCUCUCUCUGUGAAGAUCCAGAAGCUGAAGGAGCAAGUCUCGCAUGCAAGAGAAGAAUACUUGGAGCUGAGGCAGGAAGCCAGUGACCUGCAGGAGUACUCCAAUGCAAAGCUUGACCGUGUCACACGUUAUCUGGGUGUUCUUGCAGAGAGAGCUCGUAAACUUGAUCAAGCAGCUUUUGAAACUCAAGCAAAAAUUUCACCACUAAUCCUUGAGAAGAAGAAGUUGUUUAAUGACUUGUUGACAGCCAAAGGAAACAUAAAGGUCUUUUGCCGCACAAGACCACAAUUUGAGGAUGAGGGCCCCUCCAUAGCUGAGUUUCCUGAUGACUACACUAUUCGCAUUAGUCUCGCUAAUGAUACUGUUGCUACUCCAAAGAGAGACUUUGAAUUUGACAGGGUCUAUGGACCUCAUGUUGGCCAAGGUGAGCUAUUUCAAGAUGUUCAGCCUUUCGUACGAUCAGCAUUUGAUGGAUAUAAUGUUUCUUUGCUUGCCUAUGGGCAAGCACGGUCUGGGAAGACAUACACAAUGGAUGGAUCAAACCAUGAGCGUGGAUUGUACAUGCGCUGUUUUGAGGAGCUAUUUGACUUAUCCAAUUCUGAUUCACCUCCUAUAUCCAAAUAUAAAUUUUAUGUUACCAUGUUCGAGCUUUACAAUGAACAGGUUAGGGAUCUGCUUUUGUCAUCCGACAUUCACCAAUCAAAGGUUUGCAUGGGAUCUCCAGAUUCAUUUGUGGAACUAGUACAGGAGAAGGCAGAAAAUCCAGUUGAUUUCUCUAGAAUAUUGAAAACAGGGAUUGAUAAUCGUGGUGCAGAUGUGUCAAGAUGCCGUGUUUCUCAUCUGGUGGUUACAAUUCAUAUACAAAAUAGCAUGCUGGUGACAGGGGAAAGCAUGUAUAGCAAACUUUCUCUUGUGGACUUAGCUGGAAGUGAUGGUGUACUUGAUGAGGGUGCUACAGGGGAACGUGUGACAGAUUUCAUACAUGUUAUGAAAUCUCUUUCUGCACUUGGAGAUGUUUUGUCCGCUUUAACCACAAAGAAAGAUGUAGUGCCAUACAAGGACUCAAAGCUUACUGAAUUACUUUCAGAUUCACUAGGUGGGAGCUCAAAUACCUUAGUGAUUGUCAACAUCUGUCCUAAUCAUUCAACCAUAUCGGAGACAUUAUCAUCCUUGAACUUCUCUGCUAGGUCAAGAAGCGCGGAAUUAAGUCUAGGAAAUCGGGAUACUAUUAAAAAAUGGCGAGAUGUGGCUAAUGACUCACGCAGAGAAUUAUAUGAAAAGGAAAGGGAAAACCAGGAGUUAAAGCAGGAGAUUAUGUUCCUAAAGAAAUCAGCUAGUGAGGCCAACGACCAGUGUCUCCUACUAUUCAAUGAAGUGCAGAAGGCAUGGAAAGUUUCCUUUACUUUGCAGGCCGAUUUAAAGACAGAGAACACCAUUCUUAUGGAUAAGCAAAAAGUGGAGAAAGAGCAAAAUUCUCAGCUGAGGAACCAGGUUGCCUACCUGUUGCAGUUGGAGCAAGAUCAAAAGAAAAAAAUACGGGAACAAGAUUCAUUGGUUCAUACCCUUCAGGCCAAAAUUAAGAACAUAGAAAGCCAACUUGAGGAAACAUUACAAAGCAGUGGCUCAAGGUCCAUGACUGUUUCUGAGUCAGAUACCCCAGGGACCAUGUCCACCUCCAAGGACACAAAAGGGAUUGCUGAUCCCUCAGAAAUGACCAGAAAGCUUGAGGAAGAACUAUCAAAAAGGGAUGAACUCAUUGAACGUUUACAUGAAGAGAAUGAAAAGUUGUUCGACAGACUGACGGAAAAGUCUUCAUAUGGUGGAGCUGCAAAGGUAUCUAGUCCAGCAAGUAGAAGUCUAGUCGGCCACCCAGUUGACAACCUUAAUAGGAGGGAAGCUCCUAAAGGAUUACCAACAGAUGUGGCAUCAUUAAGAUCUGAAUCUGAGAGAUUUGAUGGGUCAGUUGCACUUGUUAAAUCAGGGCCUGAUAAGGUCAAGAGUACCCCAGCAGGAGAAUAUCUUACUGCGGCUCUAACAGAGUUUGAUCCUGACCAGUAUGACAGCCUUGCAACAAUUGCUGAUGGUGCAAACAAGCUCUUGAUGCUGGUUCUGGCUGCAGUCAUUAAGGCAGGUGCUGCUCGUGAGCAUGAAAUCUUGGCUGAAAUUAGAGAUGCUGUCUUCUCUUUUAUUCGUAAAAUGGAACCUAAAAGGGUUAUGGAUACAAUGCUUGUCUCCCGUGUUAGGAUUCUCUAUAUUCGGUCGCUGCUUGCAAGGUCUCCUGAGUUGCAGUCAAUCAAGGUGUCUCCAGUCGAGAGAUUUCUAGAGAAAGCUCACAGUGGGCGGAGUAGAAGUUCUAGCAGGGGAAGCAGUCCUGGCAGAUCUCCAGUUCAUUAUGAUUCCGGUUAUAGGACUUCUAUUAUUGAUGAACAUGUCCAUGGUUUUAAAGUGAACAUAAAGCAAGAGAAGAAGUCAAAGUUCUCAUCGAUAGUAUUGAAGCUUCGGGGAAUUGAUCAGGAAACCUGGAGGCAACACGUAACUGGUGGAAAGCUUCGGGAAAUAACUGAAGAAGCCAAAAAUUUUGCAAUUGGAAACAAAGCUCUUGCUGCUCUUUUUGUUCAUACGCCAGCUGGUGAGCUGCAGCGUCAGAUACGGACCUGGCUUGCAGAGAACUUUGAGUUUCUUUCUGUUACAGAUGGAGACGGCAUUGGUGGUGGUUCUGGACAGCUGGAACUCCUUUCAACAGCCAUUAUGGAUGGAUGGAUGGCAGGUCUUGGUUCUGCUCAGCGUCCCAGCACUGAUGCCCUGGGCCAGCUUCUGUCUGAGUACACUAAACGGGUCUACACAUCUCAAUUGCAGCAUCUUAAGGAUAUUGCUGGCACCCUGGCAACAGAAGAAGCAGAAGACUCAGCUCAAGUAAAUAAGUUACGAUCAGCUCUUGAAUCCGUAGACCACAAGAGACGAAAGAUUCUGCAACAAUUGCAAAGUGACUCAGCCUUAUUGUCAAAAGAAGGAGGUGGUUCACCUAUUCGAAAUCCUUCUACUGCAGCUGAAGAUGCACGGUUGGCUUCGUUAAUAUCACUAGAUGGGAUUUUGAAACAAGUGAAGGAUAUAACAAGUAGAGCUUCUCAAAAUGUACUGACCAAGAGCAAGAAAAGAACAUUACUUGCCUCCUUAGAUGAACUUUCAGAGCAGAUGCCUUCACUUCUCGACAUUGACCAAUCCUGUGCUUUGAGACAUAUUGCAGAUGCACGUAGUACUGUUGAGUCUGUUACAGAGCAAGAUGAUAAUGUGCAUGGAGAUGCAAAAGCAUUUCAUGUUCAUCAAUCUGAAAAUGCUGUUUUGGGUAUGGAGAGCCAUGUGACACAAUGGAAUGUCUUACAGUUCAACACUGGCUCAACAACACCUUUCAUCAUCAAAUGUGGAGCUAACUCCAGCUCUGAGCUGGUUGUCAAGGCAGAUGCUAAAGUUCAGGGUGGUGCAAAAGGUAGUGAGAUAGUUAGGGUUGUUCCAAGGCCAUCUGUGCUCACAGAUAUGGGUUUGGAGGAGAUGAAGCAACUGUUUGAACAACUUCCAGAAUCUAUAAGUUUAUUGGCUUUGGCAAGAACUGCAGAUGGAACUCGAGCUCGAUACUCUAGGUUAUACAGAACGUUAGCGAUGAAAGUCCCCUCUCUCAGAAAUUUGGUUGUUGAACUUGAAAAAGGUGGUGCACUAAAAGAUGUAAAAUCGUGAAACUAAUGGCUUCUGCUAAUACGCCAGCAUUCUUGUUCAGAAGGAUCUGAUCUGUAGUUCCCUUGUAAUACGAGUUAUCACCUGCCGGCUGCCAGUAUAUCUUCGUUAUCCUCUAUUUUAUUAGAGGGGACUGCAGUUGGCGGCACUAUCCUUUUGUAAGUUGUACAUGCCAUUUCUAUGAGGGAAGCCCCUGGGUCUUGGGUCAUAUGGCUUUUUUUUUUUUUUUUUUUCUGUCCCUAUAGUGAAUAUGGCCUGUAAAACUUGAGCUAUCCUCCAGAAAUGUUUCCUUGUGCCGAGGAAGGUUUGCACAUGUAAAUGAUGAGAUCACAAUGUGCAUUUGUAUGCAAUAUAGUAUCUUAUUGCAA